AUGAGUGUUCUCGAAGAGGAGGCCUCAGUCGCCAAAUUUGCUUAUUACCACAGUGGAAAAUUUGUAAAGAUUGGUCGCCAUGUCUACUACGAUGGUGGUUGUGUUCGAUAUAUAGAAGCAAAAGCGAGUGAGCUAUUUGAACAAAUGAUGAAUCAUCUUCCAGUUAGUUUGUAUGGCCAACGAGUAUGGUAUAAGUUGCCUUUUGAAGAACAAGAAGACCAGAAAGCAGUGCCUUAUUAUGAUGGAGCUGAGGAAGAAGCCAAUGAAGAAGAAAGAGUUUGUGAAGCUGAACAGUUUGAAGAAGAAGUAAGAGUGGAAAGAAAUGUGGCUGGUUUUGUUGAUUUAGAUGAUGAGUAUGAUGAGUAUGCGACACCUGUGGAGUCUGGUGGUGAAGAUGAUGAGACUGAGGAGUAUGUAAGAUAUGUGAAAGGUAGUGGUGAGCUGAAAUUUAAGCAAGUGUUUGACAGCUUAGAGGCGUUCAAGAAAGCAAUUGUGGACUAUGUGUUGAAGACAGGAAGAAAUAUUAAAUAUAAGUGGAUGGUAAAAGCCUUCAAUGAUGAUCACAGCUGCAACGUUACUGAUUAUAGCAAGAUUAUUACUCAAGAGGUUAUUGCUAGGUUGUUUUUGGAUGAAUUCAGAGAGAACCCGAAACUGAUUCCUAAGGUCAUUCAAGCGGAUAUGAUGAAGCGUUGGAAUUUGAUCGCACCUGGUGAUCAAUGUAGGAAGGCAAAGGCAAGAGCAUUGGAGAUUAUUCAAGAAGAGCAUGAUGAGCAAUACUCAAGACUCAAAGAUUAUCGACUUGAGCUAUUAGAUUCUAAUGUAGGAUCAACUGUGGAGGUAGAUACAUUUGAGGGAGAAGGUGGAGGACUAGAUGUCUUCUACAGAUUUUACGUGUGCUUUGCUAGGAUUAAGAAAACAUGGUGUCAAUAUUCUCUUCCAAUAUUUGGCAUUGAUGGUUGCUUUCUCAAAUACUACACAAAAGGACAGUUGUUGGCUGCUGUGGGACGCGAUUCAAAUAAUCAAAUGUAUCCACUUGCAUGGGCUGUGGUGGACAAAGAGGAUGAAGAAAACUGGAAGUGGUUCAUUGGGAAGUUGCAGUCUGAUUUGAAUCUGCGAGAUGGUGUUGGUUUUACACUGAUUUCAGAUAGACAAAAGGGUUUAUUGAAUGUUGUUUCUGAGUUAUUGCCACAAGUUGAGCAUCGUAUGUGUGCAAGACACAUAUAUGCUAACCUAAAGAAGAAGCAUCCACAUAGGGCUGACAUGAAAGCAAAGUUCUGGAAGGUUGCCAAGAGUUAUAACAGCACACAAUACAUCAAACGUUUGGAGAAGUUGAAAAUGUAUGACAUGAAUGUCUACAAAUCAGUGAUGCAGAAGAAUCCAAAAAACUGUAGUCUUGCCUAUUUCAAGUCAACAUCCUCUUGUGAUGAUGUAAGUAACAACAUCAAUGAGUCAUUUAACAAUGCCAUUAACGUUACACGAGAGUUGCCAUUGGUGGAAAUGCUUGAAACUAUCAGGAGAAGAGCAAUGGUGCACAUAGAUAUUAGAAGAAAGAAGGCAAAUAAUCACAAAGGUCAGUAUAGUAUAAAGGCGAUGGAGAGGGUGAAUCUAGAGCAGAAGAAGAUAUUAAACUGUACAGUCAUUCCUGCUGGUCCAGGUGAGUAUGAGGUGAUUUAUAUCAAGAAACUCAAGGUAGAGGACUAUAUUUCAUCUUGGUAUUUGACUUCUAGGUGGAGGAAUGAGUACAAUGCACAUAUAGAUGCGGUUAGAGGACCAAACUUUUGGCUUAAGUCCGGUCAGACUGAGAUACAGCCACCACCAAGACCGAUAACUAAAGGUAGAAAAAGUGUCCCUAAAAGAAUCAAGGAGAGGAAUGAGUCACCACAAAAGAAGAAGAGCAAGGGAAAAGAGCUUAAAGUUACUAGAGAAAGGAGGAUCAUCCAUUAUGGAAGAUGUUUUGAGGCUGGACAUAACACAAAGGGCUGCAAGCAAAGUGGACCUCUGGAUUAUAAACAUUCAAAAAAGUCUAAAGUGGCUGGAACAACAGAGUUGUGCAUGGGAUCAAGGCAGCAACCUCAAAGCCAAGUUAUUGAUUGA